AUGGUCGACAGCAGUCCUUCUCCCGAUCGGGGGAGAACAUCCUUCCUACAACGCCACCUCCUGCGAACACCGACCGCCAACUCUUCCACUUCUUCGUUGCAUGAGAUGCCCCGCACGAGGAAACUUCGUAUGCUGGUCGCGGCGAACGGCCAGAAAGACGUCGCAUAUGCUCAGGCCAUCGCUGUCAGGCUGCUCAAGGACUCCCAGAUUGAGACCCAAGCGCUCGUCGACGACGUCCCGCGACGACUGACCCAGGAGAUCAUAGUCAGAGAAAACCGGAGCCUCGCCACCCUGGCUAUCGAUGCCGACCAGAAGACUCGAGAAGCCAUAGAGGCCGCAAGACAGACUGCCUUUGAGCUGGCCGACUGGGCCGACAUCCUCGUUCUUGCCCCAAUCGAUGCAGACCACUUGGCCAAAAUGAUGUGCGGCAUUGCCGACACACUGCUUCUCGAGGUCUUGCGGUCUUGGGACGUCUCCAAAAAGAUACUGCUCGUCCCCGGCAUGUCGACACAAAUGUGGGAGAACCCCAUGACAAAGAAGCAGCUGAGCAAGAUCAAGAAAAAGUGGGAUUGGAUCAAGGUCAUGUCCCCCGUUCUUUGGCACUACGAGACACCCGAGUCGUCGAAGCGCGUAGUCUCGUGGGAUGGUUUCAACGACCUGGUUGGUAUAAUCAAGAACCAGGCCGAGCUUCUCAGCCUAGGUCACGACGUCGAGGUCGCCGCACAACAGGCAUUACACACCGCCGACCCCAGCAAGGUCGCUAUACAACUACCCCCGGAGAUCUGGACUAUGAUAUUUGAGUAUGUCGGCGACUGGGAGAUCGCCCAAGCUCUUAGUGUCUAUACCAAUUUACCUACACCUGUGGAUUGGCGCAUCACGCGUGAUACGCUUACCGACCCGGUCGACAUCUUUAAUAACGAACUGGAGUGGCUCAUCCUCUCCUGCCCGCCUCCGACAUCCAUAUGCCGCAAACUCUCUGAAGCACCCAGUGAUCUUUUGAUAUCACCCCUUGCUGUGAAGCUCAUCAUCAAAUUCUCACUCACUGAAGUGCUGGCGUACCUGGAAAGCAACCUCAGCAAGGUCUUCUGGGCUUCUUUCCAUUCGAAACUCCUUCCUAACAAGGCAUCUGGUGUUUAUGGAAGGACAGAUAUUUUGGACUGGUGGAAUACAUCCCCUUCUUUCUUGAAAAAGGAAUACGACGCAGAAGCCUUAGACAAUGCUUCACGGAUGGGAUUCGUCAAUGUCCUCGAUUGGUGGCUGCGCUCCGGCCUGCCGCUCAAAUACACGGAGCAGGCGCUUGAGGCGGCUUCAGCAAAAGGUCACUUGCUAAUUCUGGAGUGGUGGCGAGAAGCCGCAUCCAAAAACGGCGACAUUAUCCUCAAGCCUGGCCGAAGUCUCCUCACAGCUGCACAACAGGGACAGACGGCCGCUAUCCGUUGGUGGGAAUCUUCUGGAAUUCCGGUGGCGCAUGGUGAUGGUGUACCCAAGAUUGCAAGCGCGCAUGGACACAUUGGUGUAUUGGAUGCUUGGGCCGAAAUCAAGGGCGACAAGCUGUCAUGCGAUUGCCAAGUGUUGGUAGCACCAACGAGGCAGGGUCAUGUCAAUGUCCUGGAGUGGUGGAAGCAAUAUGCAAGAGGCGAAGGCGCUGGCGAUGGCAGGACACACAGAGUUGAGUAUAAGACCUGUGACAUCGAAGAGGCGUUGGAGGAUGCUAUCGGUGAUCCUAGAUCUGUCAGGACAUGGUGGGCUAGAAAUGGUCUGAACCUCGGCCUGGGUGUAAGCGAGUGGAUGAAGACGAGAUGUUUGUAA